AUGCUCCGCGCCGCCCGCCCCGCCGCCCAGGUCGCCCGUGCCGUCCGCACUCGCGGCUUCACCUCGACCUCGGGUGCCCCCAACGAGUUCCUCGCCGAGCGCGCCGCCGCCGAGGCCCACGCCAAGGAGACCACCAACCUCUGGAAGAACAUCUCGUUCUACGUCUGCAUUCCCGCCAUCAUCGGCGGCGCUGCCUGGACCUACAAGCUUGAGGCUGCCCACCACGAGCACCUCGAGCACAUCAAGCACGACAACGGCGGCGAGAUGCCCGCCAUCCCCGACUACGAGUACCUCAACAUCCGGAAGGCAAUGGACACUGGACGACGGCGCGUGUGGACACUGGACUGGACUGGCGAGGUCGGUCAAAGGUUGUCAUCGGGUGGUUGA